AUGUGGUCAAGAGGUACAAAGGAUUUUGGACAAGAGAGAAUAUGUUUCUCUAAUGUGCUCGUCAUACGAAAACGAAACCUUUUCUGGGGACGUAAAUGGAGGUCUCUCGACAUCAAACUCGUUUUGGGGAUGUUGGGUUUCCAUAUUCUGACACUUUUUGCACCAUUUACGUUCACAUGGAAUGUUUUCUGGUUAACAGUUUUGAGUUAUUUUCUUACGGGGGCAUUGGGUAUAACCCUGGGCUAUCACAGGCUUCUAGCGCACCGUAGUUUCAAACUACCCAAAUGGCUCGAAUACACGUGUGUUUAUCUCGGGGUUCAUGCCUCCCAGCGGGAUCCAAUAUAUUGGGUGAGUAUACAUAGGUACCACCAUCAAUAUGUCGAUCUAGACAAAGACCCACACACUCCCAUUUACGGAUUUUGGUUCAGCCACAUGGGCUGGAUCUUCGAUAGUGGCUACAUUAAGGAGAAGUAUCAAGAACGUAAAAAUGUAGAAGAUUUGAAAAGUCAGGCGUUUUAUAGGUUCAUCAAAAGAACUUACGUAUGGCAUUUAUUCGGAUUAUGGGCCCUCGUUUAUGCUUGGGGUGGCUUUCCGUACUUCGUGUGGAUUGUAGGUGUUAGGAAUACGUGUCUUCUCAACGCGACGUUUCUAGUAAACUCAGCUUGCCAUAUAUGGGGAAAGCGAGCUUGGAGCACUGACGACUUAUCUAAAAAUAACUGGUGGGUGGCUUUAAUUACGUUUGGAGAAGGGUGGCAUAACAAUCAUCAUGCUUUUGAAUAUUCCGCUCGACAUGGGCUGGAAUGGUGGCAGAUCGAUCUGAGUUGGUACGUGAUCCGGUUUCUUGAAUCAAUAGGAUUGGCAACGAACGUGAAAUUGCCGUCUCAUGCUCACAAACUUAAAAAAUCGUUAGCAAUUUCAGAUGAUCUUUUAAUGAAACAGACGAGUAAUUCUAUCAAUUAUUAG